AUGGUAUCGUAUCAGGAAGCGCAGAAGAAGAGGACCAAAAAGGGGCUCGAUGGCUUACCCGCCGAGAUCCUCGUCGAGGUGUGCCGCCGCCUCGUCCACCCGAUGCAAAGCAAACCCCACGGCCAUGGUCCCAGCAUGAAGCCGUCGACCGAAGACGCCCUUGCGUGUCGGGCCGCUCUGGCACGGCUGAUGAGGACCUGUCGCAACUUGCACGACGUGGCGGGCUGCGUGCUCUACUCCGGCUACUACCAGCUCUGGCACCCUUCCGACGCCUAUCGCUUCCUCAAAUCCCUCGACCCCCACGCGAACGAACCCUAUUACGAGAGCCCCUACGCCAGGCACUUGUCUCUGGAUGACACUCGGCGCCACCUCGUGCGCCACCUCGACGUUCAUGGCAACGUAGAUAGGCGGACCCUUUCCGGGGCCCCGUGGACAGAAGAGCAGGCAGCGAGUGCCCACCACACACGGAUCGAAGAAAUGGCUACCGCCAUCGGAAUGCCCUUGCCAGAAGGCUGGGACAAGUCUCGCCUGCAAGGCGAGAAGGAGCCGCGGGAUCACGCCGCGGAACACAUCAACCAGCUUCUGUUGCGUUACCUUUCCGACCUGACCAGCCUCAAGAUGACGCUCGUCUUCAACUGGACAUUCGAUGUGCUUGAGAAGUGGAUGGCUGAACAGAAAGACCAUCACGCGAGCCCCUUUCGAAACCUCCGACACCUAAAGGUACAUCUGCGGUCCCUCCAGGCUCGUAGCUUCAACUGCCUCAAGCUGAUAAUGGACAACGCUCCCCGUCUGUCGACGUUGGAGAUUUACGACACGGCCUCGUACAGACCUCCGCAGCACUGCCGUCUGGAGGCCCUGCGAGAUCUCAAAUUCGUCAAGAGCUCUAUGGAUAGGGGCACGAUGAAAUUCACCCUCCAGGCCGUGCCCAACAUUACUCACUUCGAGUACCAACACUCGGCCAAGGGUAUGAUCGCCGAUAGGCAGCCACCCCUGACGCCGCAAAUGCUGUGCCACCUUCUGAGCAACGAGUAUGAGCUGACGCUGCCCCCUCCACUGAACGGCAAAGGGCAUCUCGUCAAGGCCGCGCUGCCAGACCUCCACCGUCAGCUGCGGACUCUGAUUGUGGACUUCCCCGUCUACGAGGGCAUGGAGCCCUGGGGGGAUGGGGAGACCAUCCGCAGCUUGCGGCACUUCGUGAAGCUGCGCCGUCUGAGCAUCAACGUCAACAGCAUCGCGUGCGAAGCCCGUGGAAAGCAGCAGAUCCGGACGAUCAACACCACUCUGGAGACCCUGAUCCCGGAAACCCUCGAGCACCUGGAGAUAACGAGAAUGGGAGGCUGCCUCCAAGAGCUGUCCAGCACAUGCUUGCCGAACCUGGCGGGGGCGGUGAGGCAAGGACGCUUUGGUAGGCUGGAGCGCGUCAGUCUCACUGGCUGCUCGGGCUCCAAGGAUGCGAUGCUUGAGACUCAGUUGCGUCUUCAGGACAUGUUUGGGCGGCAGCAGAAGCCCGGAAUCUUGGUCACCGGUCAUGCGGAAUAG